AACCUAUGAACUCAGUAUGAAGUGAAUUAAUAUUACUACUAAUUCAUUUUAUUUGGAGAGAUUUUAAAGAAUAACUAUUAGGAAAAACUUGGUUAGGUAGGAAUCAUGAAUAAAAUAAAAACUGUAGUUUUGCUUCUUAUCUAUUGACUAGUUUUCACAUAAUUUGUAUCAUAUUGUAUUUAUUUGUAUAUCACAUGUAUAUUGUGUAAAUAUGCAGCGUGAAUGUGUAUCAGGUACUCUUGAAUAAUUUGGCAGUAUGAUCCUCUCAGGGUGUUGUGGCACAGGUUCACUAGCACUUGGUAAUAAGGUCUCUGCUCUUUGGUAACAUCGAUGGCUUAUUAGACAGCCGAAAUAGUUAUAUUAAAGGAAAAACAAUCGCAAAUAAACACACACAACAGGUAAUCCGAAACAAGAAUGCACAAAUGCCACAGAUUACUACGAAUGCAAACUGCCUGCACCACAACCACAGAGUAUCGAGUUUUAUGCCGACCCUUCACUUGACAAUAGUUUGUCCUUGUCAUGCUUAAUAAGGAAGGACAGACUGAUGUCAAGUUUUCCAAUAGCAAAUACGAAUAGCCUAGUGAAGUGCCGGAAUUAGUAAUAAAGAGUGUUUUGUUUGCAGCGCUGUCAUAAAUUAUACAUAUAAAAUGGUAUUAUUGGUUCAGAUUAUUUUUUAACUUUUUAAUUUAGCUUAAUUAACUGGAAGUGUCUGUCACAAUCUAAAUACUAAUAAUUAUCGCAAAAAAUAUACUAAGAAUUAUCAUAAAUGCCAAAUUGGUGUUGGUUCUUAGGCCAAUUUUAACAUUGUCCUUUAAUUCAGAAUCCAAAAAAUUCAAAACACGUCCAUAAACUAUCAAUAGCACCAGCCAACCACAGUAUCCUUCGCUGUGCCUGUAGAAGCGAUUCUACUCAAACUCCUUAUUUUAUAAUAACAAAAAAAAACAAAGAUCCAUUUAAUAACAAUAGGAUAACGAAUAUUUACAUAUUGUUAUUGUUUAAUUAACGUCUGUACUCUUUUUAAACGACUCUGAAAUUGUUGUCACACCAAAAAAGUUACCGUACCGACCUUUUCAGGGAUUAAUUAAAAAAGCUUAAUAAAAAGCAUGCAUGCCCAGUUAAAAGGGACCUGUUUCAGCGCAGCGAUAAGUGUGUCCCUCCCGUUCACGUCAUGUACAUACCUUUUGUAUGUGAGAGACGUAGGUUGUAAGAAUGUAGGCACUGUCAUGUCAUUAUUUGGGUCACGGUCCACAUAUCACUUCCUCACGUGUCAAGAAUUCCCUCUCAAACAGAAUAAUUUAAAAGCCUCAAUGGAACAAUAUAACGUAAAAGUCACAGCCACCUCAAUGUACACGAAGCAUUGAAUAUUUCAGGGGGCUUCAAUAAAAAUGAUGAAUUGACAACAACCGCUAUAAAUUAUAAAAAAUAUUAUUAUUGGAGAACGUAAUUGGUAAUUAGGCGAGGUUACCCGAGGUCGAGCACGACGACACGCAAUGCCACACCCUCCUACUGAAAAUUUGAACUCUAGGAAAUAAAAUAUAUCAUAACAAAUUUUAAUACGAAUUCUAUUGUUACUGCCUGAGUCUUUUUGAUAGUUUGUACACGAUGGCUAUUUCGGAAGCGUUUAUCGGAUGUCCUUCAGCUAGGAAAUACGUCUUGUGUCGCAUAAAUUAGUUGAAUCUAAAGACAGGACUGUGUUAGGAAGAAAAUGUCGCCUUAGAAUUCUGAUAUUGUUGAGCACUAGAAACUUAGUAAGGGGUGUCAGGAGAACGCAUGCGCUAAGUCCAAGGACACGCGCCGCGCCUCAGUCUGGCGGGAGGCAGCGCCGCGGCCGCCUGUCUCGCGGGAACACCCAUGCACCACGAUGCGGGCACCCGCAGUGGCCCAUGCUGUGGCGGACGCUGGCAGUGAGUGUGCGAUAAGAUCGGUAGUGGACAUGACUUGCUGGGAAAGUGUAGGACUUCUAGGCCCAUGCGCGUUACUGGCCUCGUCUGACGUCAGGACCUUGAUUGAGAUACGCCGCGCAAUGGUGUCAAUAGCUCUGUUAACAACAGAGGAGGUUCUACAGAGAAAUGGGUUUUGGUAUUACUUGGAUAAUUUAUGGAUUGUCAAAGAAUUGGAGCCGUUCGAAGACGUUAAACCUGAACACGUGUAUUCAAAACCAAUAUCAAGAGAUUUUUACUACACAAAAUAUCCUGAUAUCCCUCGUAGUGAAUCGGAGGAUGAUAAUUCAGUGAAUUUAACCGGAUUCAAGAUCAAACACAGUCAGUGGAAAUCGAAAGUGUGCAUUAGACAAUUUGUGAGGAAAAGAACUGUUUCACAGCAGUCAAAUUUAAACGAACGUUCUAACAGUAACAAUUCACUGAAUCAUUCAAAAAACAUCGUGUCUUCAGUAGAAGUAACAAAUGGAAAAAGUGACGCAAAGUUAACAUCGCGCUCUGUGAUGAAUGAUGAAAAAAUCAAAGCUUUCUUUAAUCGUUUAAUAAAAAGUGUACCUCCUCCACCCGAACCAGUACCUGACUCAAAUGACAAUAUUAUUUUAGACACAGACCAAAUAAAGAGAGAAAAAUAUUUUGAGGAAUUAGAUUUACCAGAUUAUGCCGAUUUUGAAAAAAACAAAAUAUUAGAAAAUCCUCCUGAGCAAAACUGCCUACCAACGACAUCGACAUUGAAGAAAUUGAAGAGAACAGUAAGUUUUCAAUCGAAUUCAUUUAAAGAUGAAUUUGAAAAUCAUGAGUCUUGGUACGAAUCAUUAAAUGGAAUUUCAGACUUUAUUGGACUGUAUGAAAGAGAAAGUAAAGAAAGCAAGGAGAUAACAGAUGAAAGCAGUGUCAUCAUUAAUGAACCAUGUGAAAUGGAAUACGAUGGACUACAAGAGGCUUUAAUGCUAAAAACUUGUAAUAAUAGCAACAUUGACAGAGUCGAAGCUGUGUCUUGGUCUGAAAUCGUUGAUUACUGUGGUUUGAGUGAAGGUGUCCUGAAACUUGAAGACACAUCUUCUAGAUAUGUUGAAGAAGUAGUGAGCCAAUCCCAUUGCGCUGAUGCCAAAACAACAUAUGAGGAACUUGAUGAUGUCGAUGAUGAAAUCGGUUACGCUAGAUUUGCUAUAUACAAGAUUCACCAAACUUUAAAAAUUGAAGAGGGGAUGAGCGAUUCAUCGCCAAUGAGGGACCUCAGUGAGGACUAUAGAAAAGACGAAAUUGGAAUUAACAUCAAUGCCGACGAUAACUAUUACGGACACAUUUAUCGUUUAGCGCCUUUGUGUAUAGAUGAUUCGCCUCCAGAGAACGAGUUGCAGAAAAAUUCUGAUCGUGUGCUCUCAGAGCAUGAGUUGCGAGUUCAGCGAUCGCUGCAGAAGCUCAAUGUGCCGGAAUGGUACAGAAACGCCCCAGCGCCCCGCGAGGGUUUCCUCCUACGGAAGCGGCUGUCGGACGCGGCCGCGUCAGCGACGCGAUGGAGCGGCCUCAACUCGAAAACCACGUCCCUCGGCAGCCUCGGGAACAACGCACAGCCGCCACCGCCCCAGCUUUCACCGCACACCACAAGCUUCGGCCGAUGGUCCACUAGCAGGCUUAAUUCGAAUCAAGGUUUUCUCCGCGAAAGCGGCUGUUGGACGUGGCCGAUCAGCGACGGCCUCGGGAACAACGCGAAGCCGCCACCGCCUCAGCUUUCACCGCACACCACGAGCAUCGGCCGGUGGUCCACUAGCAGACGCAAUUCGAAUCAAACGUCACCGUGUUCUUCGACUCGCAGCAGCAUCCGCGGCACGAGCCCCCUAUGUUCGCCUUCCGCUCGCUCUUCGUUCAGCGCGCGGCAACCUUACCUCGGCUGGAGAAGCCAAGAGCGUCUGAAUAGCACCCCUAGAACGCCACACGAGAGGCUAGCUUCUUCCUUACUGCAGCAGUCGGCGUCCUCGAAGGCUUCCGAAGAGAUCCAGACGUCAAUCAAGGAGGUGACGUCAGCGAUCGUGCAUUACGUAUCGGCGUUAGAACCGGCCAACGGCGAUAUUGACAGACAACCAUCUCCGCGAUCCAGCCAGAAGCUUUAUUGGCUCGAAAGCUCCUUUGUUGGUACUAAACCCCUAGAGUCGCCACAAACGCCGCUAGUGGUCUCCGAGGCGCUCCCACCGCCGCACCCGCGGCCGCCGUCGUCGCUGCGGCUCGACAACCGCGCCGCGCCCGCCACCGCCACCGCAGCCGCGACCGCGUACGACUGGCAAGAUACUCACCGCUCGCUAAACCUGGGUAUCGCUAGGCCGUCGCCAGGGUCCACUACCCUUGAAGACGUGCUGGAUUCUCUCUUGGGCCUGCCGUCGCAGCCAACGAGAUUACCGACUCCUCAGCCUAGUCCUAGGAAGGCUUCGAGCCCUUAUUAUUUAAUGGGAGGCAAGAGUCCCCGCUACGAACAACUGGUAAGCAGUGGGCACAGCAGCGGCUCGCCCGCCUCCCGCUUCAUAGGCACCCCCAGCGAGGGGCCCAGCUCGCUCACAGACCCCAGUCCCGACCGCGACCGACCAGGCAAGGAUACAGUUGAUAAUUCUAUCACGAUGCAAGAGCCAAGACGAUCGCGCUCGCAAGGACACGAGCACUCGCGCCGCAGGAGUGAACCUUUCACCCAAACUAACACCCCCUUUGACCGCCGCACCAGCCUAGAUGCGGCGGCCCUCCGCCCCUCCGAAUCCAAGCUUACCCAUCACGACUCCAAAACCUCUCUUGCCUCUCUACAAACGGAUAACAGCAUAGACGACGCGUUCGUCAAGUGCAAAUACCCUAAAUGCAACUCACGGGCUCCUUUGGCUGACGCCAAGAGGCACUACAAGACUUGCCACAACUGCACAACGCUAUACUGUUCCAAGGAGUGCCGAAGAGCUCAUUGGGAGAAACACAGGAAGGUUUGCUUACAUUCCCGAGCGAGUGCGCUCUGCAGACAGAUUAUAUCAGCGGCCAAAGAAGACGCUGAUUCUCUACAUCAAAUUAGCACGAUCGCCCACAAAGGAUAUUUGGCAGUCGGCCGAGGAGUGGUAAAAGUCUUCUUUACGAGCCCAGAAGCAGCUGAAAAGUUUACAACGCACGGCUACCAGUACCUCACUGAGCCCGAAUACGUCAAAUGGACGGCCCUCCAGCCGAACGAAAUGGGUGUGGAAUUGUACACAGAGGUAGUAAAACUGUGCAAGGUUUACAACCCAGAGACGAGGAUCAUAUUAUACGUGGCUGUGUGCAUAAUAAGCGAAGUGCCCACGAAAGGUGCUGUCAAAUGGGAACGACAGAUGGUGUCGCGAUGCGCGAAACUUCGACUGAGUAAGACAGUGUCCGUAGCUAUACAAGAACAGAACCGACGGCGACACAGGCGAGACAGCAAGGGGACUCCCGAGGACAGGGAGACAUUGAUAUUGAGAUCCAAGUUGUGCAACGCUGGCGAAAAAAACGCAGCCACCGCUCACAAAUUUAGAGAAAUAUGCUUUCAUAACAUAUCGAACGAGCUGGAAAAGAGAGGAGUGCAGUUAAAAAAGCAUUUCCCUGAGGUGUACUCGAGGUUGGCGGCGUACGUGGACGGCACGAGCGACAGGUUCAUCCCUAUGACAAUUUACCCGAAAGAUGUGACGAGUGGAAAAUCUUUUAUGUGUGUGAUCAUGCCUGAUAGUGAAUUGGAUAGUGGUACGCCCGUGGACGGGAAAGUGGUCACAAUAGACGUGGGUGAGGACCGCUCGCGUCAUCAGCUCUCCACUCCCAUGUAA